AUGGUCGAAAUUCAGCCCUCCCAAAAUGGCACAGCCAACGCGAGUCUGCCAGUUCUCUUCUUUGACAUUGACAACUGUCUCUAUCCGAGAAGCAGCAGCGUUCAGGACACACUGUCAGAAUUGAUAGAUGACUACCUUGAGAGACAACUAGGCCUGACUCGAGAAGAAGCAGUGAAGAUGCACCAGGAGUACUUCAAAAAAUAUGGGCAGACUGUUGAAGGACUUGUCCGGCACCACGAGGUUGAUGCUAUCCACUACAACUCGCAAGUGGACGACGCCUUGCCACUUGAAACUCUGUUGAAGCCCAACCCACAGCUGCGUCAGCUUCUAGAAAGCAUCGACACAACCAAAGUAAGGCUUUGGCUGUUGACGAAUGCAUAUGUAACCCACGCCAAGCGCGUCGUGAAGCUCCUCGGUAUCGAUGAUCUCUUCGAAGGAAUCACGUACUGCGACUAUACCCAAGUUCCGUUCAUUUGCAAGCCUCAGACGGGCAUGUUCGCAAAAGCAAUGAAAGAAGCCGGUGUUGAAAACACUGCCGCAUGUUAUUUUGUGGAUGACUCGUUUGGGAACUGUGUUGGCGCGAAAACAUUUGGCUGGACAGCGUGCCACUUGAUCGAGACGGGGCUUCCAAUUCCAGCGUCCCAAGCAUCUCAGCACCAAAUACACGAACUGGAGGAGCUGAACGGGGUUUGGCCGCAUUUCUUCAAAAAGACCACAGUUGAAGUCUUGGCUUGA